UAAAAAUCUCCUGCUGUGAGUUACAUGUUUAUUCUUCUGGUUGGAUUCCUGGUUGAAGCUGCUGAUAUAUUUCACCUUCACUCAUCGGCUUCAUUCAGAUGAUUUUCAGCAUCUAAAGGUGAAGGUAGAAUGACUCUGUGACAGGAUGUGGAUCUGAAUUCACCUGCUGUUUCUCUGCUAUGGAUCAGUGUGAGGACAGAGAGGAGGGAGUCCCUCCCUCUAAAAGCUCUCUGUGUGGGGAACAUGACAGCCAGACCAAAGCUCAGAGGAUGCAGCAGCAGAGAGCAGACUCUCCUGAACCCAGCUGUGUGUCCAUGAAGAGUGACUGGUCUAUGGAUCGUCCUAUUGACAUUAAAGAUGGACAACCUGCUGAUGGAAGUAUCAGGAUGCAGCAGCAGAGAGCAGACUCUCCUGAACCCAGCUGUGUGUCCAUGAAGAGUGACUGGUCUAUGGAUAAGCCUAUUAAAUUUAAAGAUGGACAACCUGCUGAUGGAAGUAUCAGGAUGCAGCAGCAGAGAGCAGACUCUCCUGAACCCAGCUGUGUGUCCAUGAAGAGUGACCGGUCUAUGGAUCCUCCUAUUAAGUUUAAAGAUGGACAAACUGCUGAUGGAAGAGUUCAGCAGCAGAGCUCAGAGGUUCCCAGUGAUCAGUCUGCACAGCAGCAUCAAACACAGCUGGACUCCAUAUUUAUGCUGCUGGAGGAGAACAUCGUCACUUUUGUGACGAACGAGCUGAAGAGAGUCCAGAGGAGUCUGAGCCAAAGUUACCCAGAAUGCUUAGAGAGUCAGAAUGAGGAUGAGGAGGUGUUGGACGGUGAGGAGGAAGAGCAGAGGAGGAGCAGCAGAGACGCAUUUCUGAAGAUCACAGUGCACUUCCUGAGGAGAAUGAAGCAGGAGGAGCUGGCUGGGCGUCUCCAGAGCAGAACUGGUGCUGCAAAGUGUCGACGUAAACUCAAGUCUAACCUGGAGAAGAAGUUCCAGUGUCUGUUUGAGGGGAUCGCUAAAGCAGGAAACCCAACCCUUCUGAAUCAGAUCUACACACCGCUCUACAUCACAGAGGGAGGGACUGCAGAGGUCAAUGAUGAACAUGAGGUCAGACAGAUUGAAACAGCAUCCAGGAAACCAGACAGACCAGAAACAACAAUCAGACAAGAAGACAUCUUUAAAGUUUCACCUGGAAGAGAUGAACCAAUCAGAACAGUGAUGACAAAGGGAGUGGCUGGCAUUGGGAAAACAGUCUUAACACAGAAGUUCACUCUGGACUGGGCUGAAGACAAAGCCAACCAGGACAUACACUUCACAUUUCCAUUCACUUUCAGAGAGCUGAAUGUGCUGAAAGAGAAAAAGUACAGCUUGGUGGAACUUGUUCAUCACUUCUUUACUGAAACCAAAGAAGCAGGAAUCUGCAGGUUUGAAGAGUUCCAGGUUGUGUUCAUCUUUGACGGUCUGGAUGAGUGUCGACUUCCUCUGGACUUCCACAACACUGAGAUCCUGACUGAUGUUACAGAGUCCACCUCAGUGGAUGUGCUGCUGACAAACCUCAUCAGGGGGAAACUGCUUCCCUCUGCUCGCCUCUGGAUAACCACACGACCUGCAGCAGCCAAUCAGAUCCCUCCUGAGUGUGUUGGCAUGGUGACAGAGGUCAGAGGGUUCACUGACCCACAGAAGGAGGAGUACUUCAGGAAGAGAUUCAGAGAUGAGGAGCAGGCCAGCACCAUCAUCUCCCACAUCAAGACAUCACGAAGCCUCCACAUCAUGUGCCACAUCCCAGUCUUCUGCUGGAUCACUGCUACAGUUCUGGAGGAUGUUUUGAAAAGCAGAGAGAGAGGAGAGCUGCCCAAGACCCUGACUGAGAUGUACAUCCACUUCCUGGUGGUUCAGUCCAAAAUGAAGAACAUCAAGUAUCAUGGAGGAGCUGAGACAGAUCCACACUGGAGUCCAGAGAACAGGAAGAUGAUUGAGCUUCUGGGAAAACUGGCUUUUGAGCAGCUGCAGAAAGGCAACCUGAUCUUCUAUGAAUCAGACCUGACAGAGUGUGGCAUCGAUAUCAGAGCAGCCUCAGUGUGCUCAGGAGUGUUCACACAGGUCUUUAAAGAGGAGAGAGGGCUGUACCAGGACAAGGUGUUCUGCUUCGUCCAUCUGAGUGUUCAGGAGUUUCUGGCUGCUCUUCAUGUCCAUCUGACAUUCAUCAAGUCUGGAGUCAAUCUGCUGGCAGAAGAACAAACAACAUCCUCAUCAUCAACACUUUUCUACCAGAGUGCUGUGGAUGAGGCCUUAAAGAGUCCAAAUGGACACCUGGACUUGUUCCUCCGCUUCCUCCUGGGUCUUUCACUGCAGACCAAUCAGACUCUCCUACAAGGUCUGCUGACACAGACCGGAAGUAGCUCACAGACCAAUCAGAAAACAGUCGAGUACAUUAAGAAGAAGAUCAGUGAGAAUGUGUCUGCAGAGAGAAGCAUCAAUCUGUUCCACUGUCUGAAUGAACUGAAUGAUCGUUCUCUAGUGGAGGAGAUCCAACAGUACCUGAGAUCAGGAAGUCUCUCUACAGAUAAACUGUCUCCUGCUCAGUGGUCAGCUCUGGGCUUCAUCUUACUGUCAUCAGAAAAAGAUCUGGAUGUGUUUGACCUGAAGAAAUACUCUGCUUCAGAGGAGGCUCUUCUGAGGCUGCUGCCAGUGGUCAAAGCCUCCAACAAAGCUCUGUUGAGUGGCUGUAACCUCUCAGAGAGAAGCUGUGCAGCUCUGUCCUCAGUUCUCAGCUCCCAGUCCUCUAGUCUGAGAGAUCUGGACCUGAGUAACAACAACCUGCAGGAUUCAGGAGUAAAGCUUGUUUCUGCUGGACUGGAGAGUCCACACUGUGGACUGGAAACCCUCAGUCUGUCAGGAUGUCUGAUCACAGAGGAAGGCUGUGCUUCUCUGGCCUCAGCUCUGAGCUCCAACCCCUCCCAUCUGAGAGAGCUGGACCUGAGCUACAAUCAUCCAGGAGACUCAGGAGAGACGCUUCUGUCUGCUGGACUGGAGGAUCCACACUGGAGACUGGACACUCUCAGGAUGGACCAUGGUGGACUGCAGAGACUGAAACCUGGUCUGAGGAAGUAUGCCUGUGAACUGGAACUGGAUCCAAACACAAUGAACAGAAAACUCAAACUGUCUGACAACAACAUGAAGGUGACACGUGUGGAGGAGGAUCAGUCAUAUCCUUAUCAUCCAGACAGAUUUGAUCACUGGUCUCAGCUGCUGUGUAGAAAUGUUCUGACUGGUCGAUGUUACUGGGAGGUCGAGUGUAGAGGAACAGUUGAUGUAUCAGUGACUUACAGAAGAAUCAGCAGGAGAGGAGGCAGUUAUGACUGUUUGUUUGGGAGGAAUGAUCAGUCCUGGAGACUGAGGUGCUCUGAUGAUGGUCGUUACUCUGUUUGGCACAAUAAGGGAGAAACACCCAUCUCCUCCUCCUCCUCCUCCUCCUCCUCAUCCUCCUCCUCCUCCUCCUCCUCUGUCUCUAACAGAGUAGCAGUGUAUGUGGACUGUCCUGCUGGCACUCUGUCCUUCUACAGAGUCUCCUCUGACACACUGAUCCACCUCCACACCUUCAACACCACAUUCACUCAACCUCUGUAUGCUGGGUUUGCAGUCUGGUCCAGGUCUGGUUCAGUGUCUCUAUGUCCUGUGUAGGAGGGAGAG